AUGCAAUCUCUCAUCAUCUCGGCUCUUCUCAUCGCUUCCGCUCAAGGAUUCUUGUUCGGAAAUCUUGGACUUCCAAACUUGUUCGGUGGAAACGCUUGCGAUCCAUGCGCUGCAGCAGCCGCUGCUAGACCAGCCCCAUAUUAUGCCCCACCACCACGUCCACAAUACUUCGCACCACAACAACAAUAUGCUGCCCCACAACCACAAUAUGUUGCCCCACAACCACGUCCAGUCUACACUCAACCACAAGUUCAACAAACUUACACCGCCCCAGAACCAGUUGUGAGUUUUCUCUCCAUCUAAAAGCUAUGUACAAUAAUCAAAUAUUUGUUUCUUAUAGGCCACCGGAUACGUUCAACCACCCCCACCACCACCACCAGCCACCUAUGUCUCAGCUCCAGUUGCUGCUGAAGCCACCGCUGUCGCUGUUGACAACGUCGCUGCUUCUGGAUACAAAAACUAG